AAAUGCGCCUUUCGGCUUGCAAAUGUUUAUGAGAGAAAUGCUGUGUAUGGCAAAUUCUUUUGACAAGGAAAAUUUGGCUGCGGUCCAGCAACAGUUCUGUGUUUUCUUAUUCAUGGUCUUCGAUUAGCGGGUGUCUGCAUUUUAUCCCACUUGACCUUGAUACGUGCGACACAACAUUGAGGCCAGGAAUAUUCCCCAAAUCUGUUUAGUAUUAGCCGGCCAGACUGGCGAAGAACUUAACACCCAUUCUGGACUUACACCAUAACGUGUUGUAACAUUUUGUGGGCAGCUUUUUUCGUCAAGUUUUUUCUUGGACUGAAACUAUUCUCGUAAUGGAGCACAGGGAGAAGUCAAGUGUUCCGCAUGAUCGAUGAGAGCGAAAUUACGCUUUUGUCUGUCAAGACUUGGUGAGGGGAAAAUGCUUCACGUGGUAAACUGCGAUUAGAGAGUUAGUCACACGUGGGCUGUACAUGUUACCACAUAAACUUGGACAUUUGGGCCUUCUUCCAAUAUUUCUGAUACCAUUAACAGUCCACUCGCUGAGGUAGAUUAUUUUGAGAUAAACAGGACAGAUAUUGGUAGUGCUGAAAGGAAAGAAUUACAUUUCCCUUCCUGUUUUGUGAGAAAGACAAACCCUUGCAUACAGGCAGAGGUGUUCAACCCCUCAUACCUAGGGCAGCCUUGUUGUAAACGCACGCUGAAAACAUCGACUCCGCAGGUUGAAUAGAAUGAACGAUUGGCGCCCGUUUAUUUAUGGGGGCUUGGCGUCUGUGGCAGCAGAAUGUGGUACAUUUCCAAUCGAUACAACAAAAACUCGCCUCCAGAUUCAGGGGCAGACCAUCGAUACCCGGCUGACGGAGCUGAAGUAUCGAGGAAUGACCCAUGCCCUCUCCCGCAUAUUACGUGAGGAAGGCCCCAAUGGCUUGUAUUCUGGCAUUGCUCCAGCUUUGCUCAGACAGGCCUAUGGUACCAUCAAGAUCGGAGUUUAUCAUACGUUGAAAAGAGCUGUUGUUUCAGACCCAAGAGAUGAGACGCUGGCUGUAAACGUGUGCUGUGGAAUGGUGGCAGGGAUUGUUGGCAGUGCAUUGGCUAAUCCCACUGAUGUCUUAAAGGUGCGGAUGCAGGCACGAUGUGGAACGAUAGAACAGACAGGGAUGAUGCAGGCGUUUGUCAACAUCUACAGACAGGAGGGCAUCAGGGGAUUGUGGAGGGGGGUGUGGCCUACAGGUCAGAGGGCAGCAGUGGUUGCAGGGGUAGAACUUCCAGUCUAUGACAUCUCCAAAAAGCAUCUCAUAAACUACAGUGUUUUAGAGGAUGGAAAAGUGACGCAUUUUGCAGCUAGCUUCAUUGCUGGACUGGCUGGAGCUAUAGCCUCUAACCCCAUAGAUGUGGUCAAGACACGGUUGAUGAGCCAGAGGAAUUUAAAAGCUGCUGUUAUGACCCCCAGCACCGCCACUCCUGCCAUCUACACCUCGUCCCUGGAUUGUGUCGUUCAGACGGUGAAGACAGAAGGUGCUCUGGCAUUGUACAAAGGUUUUAUCCCCACAUGGGUCAGACUGGGACCGUGGAACAUCAUUUUCUUCAUGACCUAUGAACAGUUGAAGAGAGUCUACUAACUCCCAGGGGGAGACAACCCAGUGAAAACUUGGAAUCACCCCUGUGGGUGCUUGGGCGUGCGUGCUCUGUUCAGGGUGUGGUCUUGGAUUGUACUCUCAUACCCGUGUGCUCUGUUAUGAAGGCGAGACAGGCAGGUGUUCCUUAGACCAGCUACCCCCACCCACAACCCAGUAGAUUUGUCUCAUCUGCAACAUUUCCAGUGGGAAUGACAACCAGAUUUUUCAAUGCAGAAGCAUUCUCAUCUAUUUAUUUGCUCAUUGCUCAUUCUCAUGAUCCAUUGAAGCUGCAAGUUUGAUCGUCUAUUUAACCUGCUGUGAGGAAGGAGAAUGGAAGUUACUUUACACCUUUCUGUAUUGUGCCUGUACUGAGGAGCUAUGUGUAAAUACUACAGCAUACCCACAACUCUUGGUUUUCUACUCCAUUUUGAACAUUUAUGUAUCCGGAUCCAGGAGCUAUACCCCAUAUAGCGCUAUCUCCGCUCUCUAGUAUUACUCAUCACAUCCACCACUCACAAAUGAUGUAAAAAAAAAACUUGAACAACGCCAAGGUCACUGGGGUCACAGUGACAAGGCAGGAAAUGAUAUCAGGAAAACACAAGAUGUCUCAACCUUUGUUUCUUUCAAUGCAGGAUGCAUAUGCCUUAUCUUCAUCUGUAACCAUGUCUCAAAGUUUGCACAUCAU